ACAGUAAACAAGAGGUGAAAGUUUUAUUUUAUUCUGUGAAGAGCGGUGUGUUUAUAUCUCACGUGCAUAAGAUAAUUGAGAGAAAAUAAGGAUUUUGGGAACAUCAGUUAAAAUAAUAGUAUUCUGUGACGAGUAUCCAAAAUGGAUAGAUCUAGGUUUUCAAUGUUGCUAUUGGAACCUGGAGAGAUUUACUUUGAAGAUUACUCUUGCUCACUGAGUACUGAAAAUAAUGGAAAUGUUAAGCAAGGUCGCUUGAAACUAUGUUCCAAGUCUCUUGUAUUUGAGCCAAGGGAAUGGGUGUACCCCCUUAUCAAGAUGCAGUUUAAAGAUUGUGCUGAUAUAGCUAUAGUUAAUUGUGCCGCUGCAGGCAGUAAUGUUAUCAAAGUGAGGAUGAAAAUGUAUGCAGAAAUGCUUGAGGAGAACAUCUUGGCUCCAUACAAAUUUGUUUAUGAAGACCAGGAUUUCUUUGUAUCCUUUGAUUUUGCAUCAGCUGAUGAGUGCUUGAGUCAGAUGCAGCAGUUACAGAGGGCUGCAACACUACAUGCCCCUGAACACAACAGCAUGAUAGCUACUAUCCUACAUUCAAGAUACAUGAGAAUGGAGUUUGAUCCUGUGAUGAUGGAUGACUUUACUGAGCAGAUAGUGUGUGAGCUCCAGGCUGAGAAGAUCUCCCCACUGGUCAGACAUCAAGGGAAGCUGGCACUUACCCCUACCACAAUAUACUUCCAGCCAUUCAGUAAUGUUGAAAGUAGCCCUAUUCUAAAGUUGAAACUGGGACACCUGCGAAGAUUGUACAAAAGAAGAUUUUUACUAAGGCAAGUUGGGUUGGAAAUAUACAGUUCAGAAGAAAGUUCAGUGCCCCACAUCUAUGUUACAUUCCAAUCUGAAAGGGAUAGAGACAGAAUAUAUAAAAUAUUGGAAGAGUCCCCAAAUGUCCAGCUAGAAAAGGUACACACAGAAGAAAUGACAUUACAAUGGCAGAAUGGGAUUGUAUCCAAUUAUGACUAUUUGAUGUAUUUAAACUGCCUUGCAGAUAGAAGUAAGAAUGAUCUCACACAGUAUCCAGUAUUCCCAUGGGUGGUAGCAGACUACACUUCGGAGACACUAGAUCUGACCAAUCCUGACACUUUCAGAGACCUAGCUAAGCCAAUGGGAGCUCUGAACCCUGACAGAUUGGAUAAAUUGAAGGAAAGGUACCAUGAAAUGAGUGAGCCUAAAUUUUUGUAUGGGUCACAUUAUUCUGCACCAGGCCUCGUAUUAUUUUAUUUAGUUCGAAAAUAUCCUAAAUACAUGCUUUGUUUACAAAACGGUCGAUUCGAUCAUCCUGACAGAAUGUUCAAUUCCGUUAGAGAUGUUUAUAACAAUUGCCUUCGAAAUAUGUCCGAUUUCAAGGAACUAGUUCCCGAGUUUUAUGAUACGGAAGGAAAAGGCGACUUUUUGGUGAACAAAUAUGAAAUAAAUUUCGGUGAGCGUCAUGAUGGGAGUAAAGUCAAUGACGUAGCGUUACCGCCGUGGGCCAAGUCACCUGAAGACUUCGUGGUGAAACUACGGGAAGCUUUAGAGUCAGAGUAUGUCUGUAGACACCUGCACUUGUGGAUUGACCUUAUAUUCGGCUACAGACAGAGAGGCGAAGAAGCCGUGAAGGCCAACAAUGUGUUCCACCACGUGUGCUACGAAGGAGCAGUGAAUCUCGAAUGUGUUUACGAUAUGAACGACAGACACGCAUUGGAAGUACAAAUAAUGGAAUUUGGACAAGUGCCAAAACAGCUUUUCACAAAGCCACACGUCAGAAAAAUAUCGCCGCGAAUUACAAAACCUUUAUCUUAUUUAGAUUGUAAUGACUCGUAUAAAUUGGAUUGUAUUGACGUGUUGCAACUUCAUAAGGAGGCCGUGACAUGCGCUAUUCGGUCGGAAAAUAGGGUUAUAUCCGUUGGCAAAGACGGUACCCUGAAAGUGUAUGACACUGCACUGAAGAAGCAAAUCAGAAGUGUCAUCCUUAGCUCGACUCCACUGAGUUCGUGUGUCAUGGUCGAUAGUAACACAGUCGCCGUCGGUUCCUGGGACAAUGAAAUAUAUUUAUAUGACGUGGAAUACGGCAGAGUAGUGGAGUGUUUCCGGGCUCAUGACGAUUCUGUGAGCUGCUUGCUUUGGCUCGAAAAAGAACGUUUACUAAUAUCUGGCGGAUGGGACGGCGUGGUCCGUGUAUGGGGCAACAUCGGUAGAACCGGGCAAGCUCUCCGCGGACUGAAGGCGGAGUUUGACCACGACGGGAAAGUCACAAGCAUCACUUACAGACGUCGUCGCAACGAGAUCGAUAUAAUAACAGGCACGAGUGACGGCGAGGUGUUCAUUUGGGACUACGGCACUAAGGAUGUGAUGAACAAGAUCAGCGUCCACACGUCAGCUGUCAGCGGGCUGUGCUUCGUGCUCUCCGGGGAUAGAGUGGUAACGACGUGUGAAGACGGCGAUAUGAGGGUUACGGAUUUAAGCGUUCUGGAUUCUGUGUAUCAGAAGCAGCUGGCGGGUCCAGUGACGUCACUAUGCUGGGACGGUACCAACGUGCUGUGGCUGGGCUGCGGCGGCGGCCGCCUGCUGCAGUGGAACAUGCUCACCGUCACGCAGACCAACACCUACUCGGCACACGAUGAUUCUAUCAACAGCGUCUAUUUCGACGAGAUCUCAAAAACACUGAUUACGGCUAGUGAGGACAAAGUCAUCAAGAUCUGGAAAAUAGCUCAAACUUCUUGACGGACACGAGACCCGCUCGCCUGCAGUAUUAUAAAAAUCAUGACAGUUAUAAACUAUCAGACAUUGUGAUAUUCGAACAAUACGUAAAAAAGAUUGUGUAUGUUGUAUAAAAGACAAAAAAAGACUAUGUUCAAUAAAGAUUUAUCGUUUUAUUUAA